UUUAAGCUAAUGCUACACAUCAUAUACUAUUAUAAAAUGCAUUUAAAGUGCCUUUAAGAUUGUUUGACAUGUUGGGCUCUCGUUGUCGACGCAUGAAGGUAUAACCUGCGGUGUUGUGGCGACUUUGUUCGACUCCAGUCAAACUAUUUGGGCCACUUAAGUCCGGGGCAGUUCAUUGUUAGCCUAGCUUUAGCCAUGCUCUCGAGCUCCGCUCUCACUUGUCUUCUGGGUUGCGGCUCGCUUGCGACAGGGACCACAGCUACUAGCUAGCUUGUUAGCUAGCUAGCCGAGCAUAAUUUCCCCAGUAUUGACGGUUUUGUGUGUUGUUGUUUUUGUUGUUGUUUGUGCUUAAGCGUUUCUCGGACAUCUCAUUAAACGUAACAUUUCAGUGUAGAGGCGGUGGACUGCAGACACAGCACCUCGUUUUUUUUGUUUUUUUGUUUUAACACGUCUAAACGCUGUUAGCUUAGUUAGCAGGGCUAACACCAACGGCUCACAUUGAGGAAACGUCAUUUUUUGGGGUGAGAUUUAAGUUGGUGUUGUUUGGAAACUGGGUGAGUAAACGUUAACUACAUCAACUCGAGAAGGUGUGUCUGUUUUUUCACCACCCAGUCAGGGAACGGAGACUUUUUUUUUCUUCCUUUUCCUCCCUCCCCAUCAUUUGUUUUGGAUUGUGGUCAUAUAUGCCUGCCACGAUGGCUUCUUCCUCUGGAAACGACGACGACCUCACCAUCCCCAGAGCAGCUAUCAACAAGAUGAUAAAAGAAACUCUCCCCAACGUGCGAGUGGCUAACGACGCCAGGGAGCUUGUGGUUAACUGCUGCACGGAGUUCAUCCACCUCAUAUCCUCAGAAGCCAAUGAAAUAUGCAACAAGUCCGACAAAAAGACCAUAUCUCCGGAGCAUGUCAUCAACGCCCUAGAGAGCCUCGGUUUCGCAUCGUACAUCACUGAGGUGAAAGACGUGCUGCAGGAGUGUAAAACUGUCGCCCUGAAGAGGAGGAAGGCGAGCUCUCGACUGGAGAACCUGGGCAUCCCGGAGGAAGAGCUGCUCAGACAACAGCAGGAAUUGUUUGCCAAGGCGCGGCAGCAGCAGGCGGAGCUCGCCCAGCAGGAGUGGCUACAGAUGCAGCAGGCCGCCCAACAGGCACAGAUGGCAGCAGCAUCUGCCAGCGCCGCCCAGCAGGCCGGUUCCUCUCAGGACGAAGACGAAGAGGAUGACAUGUGAUACCCGGGAUGACGUUCACCUUGUCCGAAUCCCCUCCUGGGAUAGUGUUGGCGCACAAAUCUCCCAGUGCGGUCAUCGUCAGAGACAUGAGACCGCUGGUAUUACAUCAGUGUAACAUGAGAAAUGCACAUUGGAAUGGACAGUGAAGAGAGAGAUGAAGGGGGAUUUCAAGAGAGCCACACAUUCUGAUACCAGUACCUGAAAACGAUUUGGAUUGAGAGGCUGUUAGUGAAGUUUUUUGAUUAAUCUCUUAUUCCCACCCCCCCCUUUUUUUCCCCUCCACGGUUGCUUCUGUUGAAUUAUGUCUUGACAUUAUGUUGUGAGUAAUUUUGUAGAUUUUCUGGAUGUGAUGUAAUGUGGACACACCGAAGGCAGACACUGCCUUGGAUAUGUCAGUGAAUUUUUGGUGAUAACGCAGCAAGUGUUCGCUCCUUCAGGUACUGCACCAGAUAGCUUCUGUUAUCCGUUGUACUAGAUCACUUUCGGUGGUUUAGGAGAACUGCUCUAGAAUAACUUCAGAGCAGUGGAUUUCUCCUUUCUUGUGGUUUUGAUGGUCAUUUUUACAGAGAAUAUUUUCUUUACACGCCCCGCCCCCCGCCACUGGUAUAUUUGUUCAACACAAGAUCUUGUUGGGGGGGGGGGUGUUGAAUAUUGGAAUUUUUUUUGUUUAAGUAUAGGAAUAAAUUGACAUUUUGUUUGAUUUUAGCACCUUCAGAUACUUUAUGUUGAAUUUUUCUUUCUCCCUUGAACCACACACAGUAUUGAUAAUUAGCCACACCUUUCAGAAACAGAAUAUUUUUGUCUCAUAGAACCAAAGAUCGAUGACCGACUAACAGCUCAGUUAGUGUUUUGUUUUGUUUUUUCCUUCUUGUUUUUAAAGGUGUAGGUGCUACUGUGAUUCUCGUCGCUGACGCCAGGUCAGUGUAAACAAUGUUAAGGAUUAUUAACCUUUGACUUUGUAAGAUGCUUUGAUAUCCAGGCUGAAUUUGUUAUUUCCCCUUAUCCCCCCCAACUCGGGUGCAGUAUCAAACAUUUGCAUUGUGACUGUGGUCAAACCUCAGUGUAAAGACAAGUAACCUAGUUGUGACACACAUUCACUCGCCUAUGCUACAACGUUGUAUUCUUUAAGCAAUAAAGGAAUCAUGUUUUAUA